GGUGGAAUGACACCUUUUUCUGUUGUAUGGCAAACUUUUUUGUAUAAGGCAGGAACGCUAUCAGCGUAUCCUCGUGAUUGGAGAGAGCGUUUGUUAUUGGCGGUGACGCAAGAAACCUACCUCCCCGCCCCUUCCCUUCUGUUGUGCGGUGCAUCUGUCUGCGCGAUUCUCUAGCCACCGUAUCGACUUCAGUGUUUAUUUGGUUGUCAUGGCGGACGGACGUGGAGAACUACCGCCUCAGCCGCCGCUUCACCUAUCCCUACCACCGGCCAGCAAGCGCCCUUGCUUGCGACCUGCUCCUCGUGGACCGGGUCCGGGGCCUGGGCCGGGAUAUUCGAACUCUCGUCUUCGCUGUCCGGAAUCUCUUUUGGACUGUGCUGCUAAGGCCGUAGCGGAGAAAUGGGCCUUCGAAAGGGUGGAGGAACGCUUCGAGCGGAUCCCGGAGCCAGUUCAGCGCCGCAUUGUAUACUGGUCAUUCCCGAGGAACGAAAGGGAAAUUUGUAUGUAUUCGUCGUUUCAGUGCCGUGUUGCUGGUGAAGAGGGUCCAGCCGUGGGCUCAAACGCUUCCGUUGGGUCUGGGGCUGUCCCUGGAGGGGUUACAACCACAACAGGCAACACGGGGGCAGGGAGCACCGGAGAUGGGCUCCCUUUCCGCCGGGGGAUCCGGCUUUUGGAGACUGGUUGUGUGGAAAAUGUCUUACAAGUCGGUUUCCACCUCAGCGGCACGGUCACCGAACCAGCCACGGCGACAGAGCCCGAGGUCACCCACCGCGUGGCCAUCAGCUUCGACCGCUGCAAGAUCACCUCGGUGACGUGUGGCUGCGGCAACCGCGACAUCUUCUACUGCGCGCACGUGGUGGCACUCUCGCUCUACCGCAUCCGCAAGCCCGAGCAGGUCAAGCUGCGGCUGCCCAUUUCCGAGACGCUCUUCCAGAUGAACCGCGACCAGCUGCAGAAGCUGGUCCAGUACCUCAUCACCGCGCACCACACCGAGGUGCUGCCCACCGCCCAGAAGCUGGCCGACGAGAUCCUCUCGUCCAACUCCCAGAUCAACCAAGUGCACGGUGCGCCGGACCCCACGGCUGGGGCCAGUAUUGACGAUGAUAACUGCUGGCACCUAGACGAGGAGCAGGUCAGGGAACAGGUCAAACAGUUCCUGUCCCAGGGAGGCUACUAUGGCUCCGGCAAACAGCUCAACUCCAUGUUUGCCAAGGUGCGGGAGAUGCUGCGGAUGCGCGACUCUAACGGUGCUCGCAUGUUGACCCUGAUCACCGAGCAGUUCAUGGCUGACCCUCGUCUGUCGCUAUGGAGACAGCAGGGCACAGGGAUGACGGACAAGUGUCGGCAGCUCUGGGACGAGCUGGGUGCAUUGUGGGUGUGCAUCGUGCUGAACCCCCAUUGCAAGAGCGAGGAGAAGGGCGGCUGGCUCAAGCAGCUGAAGAAGUGGAGCGACAUGGACAUCUGCCCUCUGGAGGAUGGCAACUACGGCAGCGAGCUGCCCAACAUCACCAACGCCCUGCCGCAGAGCAACCUGGCCCAAGUAGACUCUUUGGGGCGGCCACGGCGUACAGUUUUCACUCGGGCCAUCGAAGCGUGCGACCUGCACUGGCAGGACAGUCACCUGCAGCGCAUCAUCAGCAGUGACUUCUACAUGUCUCCGGCCUACCAGAGAGAGGGCGAGAGCUUGCUCUUCAACCCCCAGGGCCUGCCACUCUGGCUGGAUCAUGUGCCGACCGCCUGCGCACGAGUGGACGCUCUACGUUCUCAUGGUUACCCACGGGAAGCCCUGCGCCUGGCCGUGGCCAUCAUCAACACCUUGCGGCUACAGCAGCAUCGACAGCUGGACAUUUACAAGCACCAGAAAAAAGAGCUCCUCCAGAGAGGAAUGACCACAACUACAAAUCUUGAGGGGUGGGUCGGCCAUCCCUUGGACCCCAUUGGCUGCCUUUUUGCCACUCUCACAGAGACCUGUCGAGUGGAGGAUGACAACGCCAUGGAUACAGGAGACUCUGGCGAGCCCAAGCCGCCGGUGUACCAGCACGUGUCAGUGUGGGGCUGCCCGGACGGCAGCGAGUCGUACCUGGCGCUGGCGCUGGAGGUGGCACUGAUGGGCAUGGGACAGCAGCGGCUGAUGCCCGAGGGCCUCUACGCCCAGGACAAGGUGUGCCGCAACGAGGAGCAGAUCAUCGCCAAGCUGCAGGAGCUGGUGCUGGACGAGCUGCUGGUGCAGACGCUGCGCAAGCAGGCCAUCCUGCUACUGGAAGGUGGUCCUUUCAGUGGCAUGGGCGAGGUCAUCCACCGGGAGAGUGUGCCCAUGCACACCUUUGCCAAAUACCUGUUCACCGCUCUCCUGCCCCACGAUGCGGACCUGGCCUAUAAAGUGGGCCUGCGCGCUAUGAGGCUGCCUGUGUUGGAGUCCUCAGCUCCAUCAGGCGAUGUCGGUCACCAUGGCAUCUCUAUUGUGCCUAGUCGCUACCCUCGUUGGUUCACCCUCGGACACCUGGAGUCUCAACAGUGUGAAGUGGCCUCCACCAUGCUCACUGCAGCAAAAGGUGACAUGCUGCGGCUGCGGACGGUACUCGAGGCGAUUCAGAAGAACAUCCACUCCCCAUCCCUCAUCUUUAAACUGGCCCAGGACGCCUUCAAGAUCGCCACGCCAGCCGACAGCCCUCCAGACAUCACCCUCCUCAAUGUGGCCUUAGAGCUCGGCCUCCAGGUGAUGAGGAUGACCCUGUCCACGCUGAACUGGAGACGCAGAGAGAUGGUGCGCUGGCUGGUCACCUGUGCCACGGAAGUCGGCCUGCGCGCACUGGUCAGCAUCCUGCAGGGCUGGUACACGCUCUUCACUCCGACCGAGGCCACCAGCAUCGUGGCGGCCACCGUCAUGUCGCACAACACGGUGCUGCGGCUGAGCCUGGACUACCCGCAACGCGAGGAGCUGGCCAGUUGUGCCCGCACGCUGGCGCUGCAGUGUGCCAUGAAGGACCCGCAGAACUGCGCGCUGUCAGCACUCACGCUCUGUGAGAAGGACCACGUGGCCUUCGAGACGGCCUACCAGAUCGUCAUCGACGCCGCGUCCACCGGCAUGACCUACUCGCAGCUGUUCACCAUCGCGCGCUACAUGGAGCACCGCGGCUACCCGCUGCGCGCCUUCAAGCUGGCCUCGCUGGCCAUGGCGCACCUCAACCUGGCGUACAACCAGGACACGCACCCGGCCAUCAACGACGUGCUGUGGGCGUGCGCCCUCAGCCACUCGCUGGGCAAGAACGAGCUGGCCACCAUCAUCCCACUGGUGGUCAAGAGCGUGCACUGCGCCACCGUGCUCUCGGACAUCCUGCGGCGGUGCACCAUGACUGCGCCGGGCCUGGCCGGCAUCCCCGGCCGCCGCAACUCGGGCAAGCUCAUGUCGACGGACAAGGCGCCGCUGCGGCAGCUGCUGGACGCCACCAUCAGCGCGUACAUCAACACCACGCACUCGCGCCUCACGCACAUCAGCCCGCGCCACUACGGCGAGUUCAUCGAGUUCCUCAGCAAGGCGCGCGAGACCUUCCUCUUGGCGCAGGACGGACACAUCCAGUUCGCCCAGUUCAUAGACAACCUCAAGCAGAUCUACAAGGGCAAGAAGAAGCUCAUGCUGCUGGUGCGCGAACGCUUCGGCUGAGGGGAAGGGCUUUCAUAAGGAACUGGGUUUUUGUUGUUGUUGUUGUCAUUGUUAUUGUCAUUUAUUUAAAUCCAUUUAUCUUUUCUCUUAUCUUGUUUUGUCAUUUUUGGUGAAUUUCUUUUUUUUUAGAUUUUAUCCGUUUUGAUUUUUAAUUUGUUUUGUGAAUUGUGUGCGUUUGUGUACGUGCGCGUGAGAUUUUGAGUGUGCGUGUGUGUGUGUGAGAGAGAGUAAUCGCUCUUCAUUAAGUUAUUCUACCAGGUAGAACCUGUGGAAGAUAAGUGGAAACACAAAAGAAUGGAGGAGUAUUUUUUGCUUAAUUUAGUAAGAAAAGCAUAUUGUGGUUUGAACAAAAGUAAAAGUGGCACAUAAAGAUAAAACCAAAUGAUAACGUGGGGCAUACUUUGAGCCAGGGGAAUCUCUCCCUAGACGGGGUCAGGGGAUGUGUGUUUCAUUUUUCUUUUCUGCAGAAGCUUGAAUACUCAGAAAAUACAAAAUGCAGAUUGUCAUUCCUUCAAUCAACCACUCACUUAUGCCAGUGUUAAUACCUCGACCGUAUUCCAAGACUCAGCUUUAAUUUGUCUGUGUGAAAGAGGAGUCUUCUCGCAGUAAGGAGGACUGGAGCGGGUGAUGGGGGAAGGGGCAUUCCAUAAACGCUCAGCGCCCAGAUACCCCUCAGAUGGCGACCCCUGCUUUUGAUUAGCCUCAGCUAAGCUACCCAAGCAUAUAUCUUCAUAUGGGCUUAAGUCACAUCUCCCUUGCAAGAAGCAACAGCUAUUUUUGUACUACACAGAGGUGAACAAAAUGGCAGAUAGUCAGAGUUAAUGGUGAAGUUAGGCCCAUUCCUCAAUCUGCACAUAUACUCCAGAUAUGUGAAGGCUGGGGGGGGGGAUGAGGGAGUGAAGUUUGGUUUAGUGGACUACCAGCUAUUGGUCUUGCAUUCAGUUGACCUUCACAUGUGGGGGAGAAGGGAGGAGUUUUAUUUCUGCUUUUUUCACCUCAUGCUACUUGUGUUCCACUGUUGUAAGGACAUCUGGGAGAGGAGCAAGAACAAGGAGCAAGGGGGUGUGUGCACAAUCACGUCUUAACCUUGUGAUUGAGUAGCCACCCAAAGCCUUGUUUAUCAGAUUUCACCUUGCAUUUACGGCUAAGCAAACAGGAAACAUGCUUGGAUUUGAGUGUCAUCAGUGGCAGUGAAUUUGGUCUUCAAGUCCUUUACUCUAGCUCAAUCAACAGGCUUUGCUCCUGUGGUCAGUAAAAAUCCCACUUCAUUGUCACACAUACAAAAAUAAUUGACUGAAGACGCAGUGUCUUGGAAAUUUGACCCAAUUGGCAAACUUUUUUUUUUUGUUUGUGAUUAUUUUCUGGGGGGGGUGGGGUUAAUGAUUGUGUUCUAUCUUCCACAUUCCAUGAUGGCCCCCCCCCUCCGCAAAGUGCCCCAGUGUGAACACUUAGAGCGCACUCGACAGCAUGCAGCUGAAGGAACGUGGGAGGAGUGGAGUCAAAAUAAAGAAAGGAAAAGAAAAGAAACAAAAGAAAAGGUUAAACGUGAAAAGAGAUGCUCAACUCCGUUCUCAGGGAAUCACUUAAAGAAACAAAACGUAGUAGCAGAAGCAUUUAAGAUAUUGUAAAUAUGAAAGUGUCAAUUCAAGAAAAUUGUAAAGUUAUAAUUAUUUAUGAUGACUGUAUGUUUUUUUUUUUUUUUUUUUUUUUUCCGGUUGGUUUUGUGUUUGUUUGUUUUUUUCAGAUACUUGAAUUUUUUGUGGGCUGGGAAUGUGACAACAGCAAGAGGAGAGAGGAAAGACUUUUAAAAUUUCUCAGGUGCUCCUGUGUACUUUUGAUUUGAUUUGUUAUCAUUUGUAUCUGUUUUGCAACAUGUUUUGCAAGAGAUUGAAGAUGGGAGGACGAUUGAGAAAACAUGAACAGACUAUGCAGACCACGUAAUGGUACCCCUCUCCCUGACACACUCACACAUAGUAGUCACUUGAGUGGUUCCCAGCCCAACUGAAAGACUGGGAUGUUUAUUUUUCCCAAAUGUUUGACAGACACAGACAGACAAAUAGAUACAGCCGGUUCCCAGCUAACAAGUAUCUGCAUGUUGUGCGAACCGCAGCUGGCCUUUGCCUUCAAUAGAUUGACACACAAGUUCUUCAAACUUUAAGCCUUAUUGUAUUCUCUCAAAGCACCAAAGUGUGUUUUUAAGACUGUAGCGAUGGAGAAACAUCGCCUUUGGCCCUAUGUUGGCCCGCCAUCGCUCUUCCCUGUGGUGAGAUGCGUUAAAUUUUUUCUUCCCAACUCGAUGGUCGAUGCUUAGCAAAGGAAAAGAGGGGGUUGAUUUUUUGAUUUUAUUGCCUCUUUUGUAGGGGCAAGGAGAGGUUACUCUGGAGUGAACCACUAAGUAGACUCAGACCGAGCCUCCUCUCAACCUCUUUUAAGGACUCACCUUUGACUAGACAUGCCCAAGUCAUCCUUUGUCUUUCUUUCUUAGUUCUGCUUUGGGUUUUAGUACUUGUUUGGUUUGGUUAUGUUAACCUCUUCUAGUUCUUCCCGUGAAUAGCUACCCUCCUGACAGGCUAGCAGUGCGCAGCCUCUUCCAUCGGACCUGUAAUAAGCAUCAUUUGCCACUAUCACCACCCAAUCUCACCUGCAAGUGGGAGAAUGACCUGAGCAGACCAAGGGAUUACUUGCCUUUUUUCACUAAGCAUUACUGCAGGAUGAGCUAGUGUUGCCUGUUAUAUACAAAAAAAAACUUUUUUUUUGUCUCGUAGUGGAAUUAGACGGUCCUAUGCCAUUGCAAAUAAAACGAAAAACAACAAAAAAAUAAAUGAAAAAACCUCCUUUGGCUUUCCUCAGUCCCUACUCCCAUACUCUGAGUGUCUCUAUGUGUUAACUGUACCAGUGUUUAAACCCGUCCCUAGACUUUUUAGAAGGAAAGCAUAAUAAUCGCUGGUAGAGAUUGUUCACUAGUUCAUCUACUGUUUCAAUUUUGUUUGUUUUUAAUUUUAUUAUUUUUUUACUGUUUAUUUAAGGGAAAGUGUUUGUCGCCUCUUUGUGCUACUGAAUUGUAAGAAAAAAAGGUAUCCAGUAUUUGUUGCCACAAAAGUAUAGUUCAACAACACUUUUUGUUUGUGCAACCUCUUGAGCUAAUGUCUAUAAACAAAAAUUUAUUACUAUUUAUGUAAUGCUACUACCAUUUUAUAUGAUUUGUGUUGGAAUUUCAGUGCUUUUCUAUGAAUAAAGUGUGAAACACGU